AUGAGAACAGGCAUUCUGUCGUUAUCACGUGCGUUGAGCUGCAAACCUACUCUAUUGGAAAUAUCCGGGAAGUGUAAACUCAUUGGCUGGCCGUUAUCAACAUCAGCAUCCACCACCACCAACAGCAACAACAGCCUUGUCGUCCGCCGAAACUUGAACAUCCGUCACAGCCUCGUCCCCGUCAGAUCCAUUUGUUAUUCUUGCGACCACAAUAACCCGAACUCGAAGCAGUCCACAAUCCUGAAAAUCAGUCCGAGUCAUCAGAAACCACUGGCAACGCCAUUGCGCGGUCCACAGCCCAGUCCCAUGCAAGAAGCCGCCUCCGCCUCGUCCGAAGCGGAUCGGCAACAACCUGAACCUCAAAAAGAUGGACCGAGCCUCGCGUUUGAAUCUCUAAGCCCAGACGCCACAGGCCCAACAAUCCUCCUCAUCCAUGGCGCCUUCACAACCGGCCGGGACUGGGACCUAGUCACACCUUAUCUAACAUCAACAUCUUCCACAUCAACCUCCCCAUCAUCCAACUCCUAUCACAUCCUAGUCCCCGACCUACCAGGCCACGGUAGAUCACGAACAAUAACCCCCUUCUCCGUCUCUUAUUCCGCCCACCUCCUCCGUCAACUAAUCGUCAACCACGCACACAACGGCAUCGCCCACGUCGUCGGACACAGUUUAGGGGCUCACGUCGCCAUCCGUCUAGCCUCUCAAUACCCAGAAGUUGUGUCACGACUACUCGUAUCCGGAUUCGAAGUAUUUCCCACACCCACCGGACCAUCCUCUCGCCUUUCUGGACUCUUACCCUACGCAGUAUGGACAUCCCAAAGACUGGAAAAUUGUGUCCCUCGAUUUGUUGUCCGCUGGCUCAUGGACGGCGCCGACAUUCGAAACAUCGACACCUCGUUCUGUACGUUGGCUUUAUGUCGUCAGAUCUGUGAACCUAUGUCCGACAACGAGAAAUGGCCUGAACCUUGGCCAAGUCCGACUUUGGUCAUUGCCGCGGGCAAAGCUGGUGUUUUGCUCCCGACUAGUGAUCACCCUCAUGAUGCGAAACGGCUUGCUGAUAUUGGGAUGCAACUAUGUCCGGAAACGAAGGCGGUCACGCAUCCGAAAAUGAGACAUCCUUGGAACAGACAGGAUCCGAGCCUCUUUGCGGAUACGGUGAGGGCUUGGGUGGAGAAUAGGCCCUUGCCUGAUGGGUUUGUAGAUCUAUAG